AUGCAUUAUAUUGAAGAAGGACAAAUCAUUGAUCAAUGGGUAAUACAAAUACCAUUUGCUUUAAUACUUUUGGAAAUUAUUGCAAUUUGCAUCGUACGUUGCAUUUUGGCUUUCUUAGCAAUAACAAAAUAUAAGCGCAAACGGUAUUAUUGUCACCAAGCGCCAAUUUUGGAUAGCUCAUAUUUUGCUGAUGCGCCAUCAUACGUUGAAAAAAAUUUGGAAGAUCCGGCAAGAAAAGGAAAUGCAGCACGGAAAGCAGCUAUAAGUUCUUUGAUACCGGAAAGAGUGAAUGAAGAAAAUAGAACCGCUCAAAGUGGCAAAAAUAUUUGA